AUGAAUGCGGCGCCUCCGCUCAGCGAUUCCACCGAAAGCCCAUGGGCCAUCACAAGCGGCUCCUACCCGGCAGUGCACCACGCGUCUGAUGCCUCCAUGACGAUUACUGGGGAAGAGAGUGUCGCAAAGAAGUCGUGGCGAAUCAUGAUGCAUGAGCUGCUCCCAUGGAGUCGCGCUGCUACCAUUGGCCAUCUCAAGCCAGUACAAUGUUGCGAACAUCAAGCCGACUUUCCGGACCUGCGUGAAGGCUAUCCUUGCAUAAUGCGACCCUGGACGCUCGUGCAUUCGUACCUGAUGUCUUGGCCCGCUAGGCUUCGGGGAUACAUGCGCUAUUCACUAGGGCUGCAGGGUAGGGGUGCCCUGGUCAUUCCUGAUCGUCGCAUGCCCUCGACACCAGUCGACACCAAGCCGGUGGCCCAGCCACGAAGCCGCCUUCGCUUCUGCCUUUUCUGCACUCUUCUUCAGUGUGACUCCCGUGCCGCCCCAGGUUGA